GGCGCCGGCGGCCGUGACGAGGCGCUCCAGGCGCUGAGCGCUCCGGGCACGCAUGGCGCCCGCACACGGAGUCUGACCUAAUGUGGACGCAAGGGGGUUAAUAUGAACGCCCCUCUCGGUGGAAUCUGUCUCUGGCUCCUUCUGCUCUUCACCUGGCUCAGCCCAGAGGUCAGCUCUUCAUGGUGGUACAUGAAAGCUACAGGUGGCUCUUCCAGGGUGAUGUGUGACAAUGUGCCAGGCCUGGUGAGCCGCCAGCGGCAGCUGUGCCACCGACACCCCGACGUGAUGCGUGCCAUCGGCCUGGGCGUGGCUGAGUGGACAGCGGAGUGCCAGCACCAGUUCCGCCAGCACCGCUGGAACUGCAACGCCCUCGACAGGGACCACAGCCUCUUCGGCAGGGUCCUGCUCCGAAGUAGUCGGGAAUCUGCCUUUGUUUACGCCAUCUCCUCAGCUGGAGUUGUAUUUGCCGUCACCAGGGCCUGUAGCCAAGGAGAAUUAAAGUCCUGUUCCUGUGAUCCCAAGAAGAAGGGCCCCGCCAAGGACAGCAAGGGCACUUUCGACUGGGGCGGCUGCAGUGACAACAUUGACUAUGGGAUCAAGUUUGCCCGCGCAUUCGUGGACGCCAAGGAGCGAAAAGGCAAGGACGCCAGAGCGCUGAUGAACGUGCACAACAACAGAGCCGGCCGGAAGGCUGUAAAGCGCUUCUUGAAACAAGAGUGCAAGUGUCACGGCGUGAGUGGCUCAUGUACUCUGAGGACAUGCUGGCUGGCCAUGGCCGACUUCAGGAAAACGGGCGAUUACCUGUGGAGGAAGUACAAUGGGGCCAUCCAGGUCGUCAUGAAUCAGGACGGCACUGGUUUCACUGUGGCUAACAAGAGGUUUAAGAAGCCAACGAAAAAUGACCUUGUGUAUUUUGAGAAUUCCCCAGACUACUGUAUCAGGGACCGAGAUGCAGGCUCCCUGGGUACAGCAGGCCGUGUGUGCAACCUGACCUCCCGAGGCAUGGACAGCUGCGAAGUCAUGUGCUGCGGGAGAGGCUACGACACAUCCCGCGUCACAAGGAUGACCAAGUGUGAAUGUAAGUUCCACUGGUGCUGUGCUGUGCGUUGUCAGGACUGCCUGGAGGCCCUGGACGUGCACACAUGCAAAGCCCCAAAGAGCGCCGACUGGGCGGCUCCCACAUGACCCCAGUGGAGGUCACCGUCCACCUUCCCUCCCGCAAGGACUCCAUCGGAUCUGCAAGGACAUGGGCCCUCCGCUUCUCUCGGGAAGAUUCUUCCUAAGGCUUGCGGCCUUUGUCUCAGCAAAGCCCCCCUCGUCCCUGGAGGCCCCAGGAUUGGGCCACAUGCUGCCCACAGGGCAUGCCUCCUCUCUCCACUUCCGCUGUCUGGGGCACAUCUCUCCCUGGUCCUGACAGGGCUGCUAGAGGGGAACGGGAGUGGGCCCGGAUCGCUGCUCCACCCGCCUCCAUGGCUCCUCUCCAGAGCAGUCGGCCAAAGGGAGAAAGAGUGUCUCCAAGGAGUUUUCUCUGUGUUUUCCAAUAAAUGCUCACAGUUGAAUUCCGUACUUCUCUCUGGAGGGUAAAGAAAGCAGAACCCACUGCCACUGAAUUAGCUUUCAUUCUUGAAAAGACCAAGCAAGGCUUUUGCCUGAUCAAGUGAUUUUCACAGCCACCACCUCUAGGGCUCAUUGACAGUUACCUGGAGAAGGGUGGCUUUCAAUGAACUUCAGGGUUAAAACGCGUAUAUUUCAAGGCAUUUAUUGCCAUAUGAAAAUCUGAUGUGACGAGGUGGGACUGUUGUCCUUUGGUACAGCAGUAGCGAAAGCCUCAGAAAGUAAUUGCUCUGCAUGACUACCCCUCGACAUAAAGAACAUUUAGGGUAUGAGACUGCUUCCUCACUUAGGAUCUGAAGGGAGUUCAAAAGAAGAUUGACAACCUGGCAGUAUUCUGUAACUAUUGGGUGACAAUGGAGGAAAAUAGUGGAGUAUCAGAAAAUGUGUCUGUACAGAUAACGAAAAACGGGGGAAUAAAAUUCCUAUCUGGUAUGA